CUGGGCUAGCCAUCUAAAAACGAAAUUUCACGCAAAUUAAAGGUUUUCUCUACGCUUAAUCUUAAAAUUAUUUAAGGCCACUAAAAUCUCCAACACAUCUUGCUCAAUAUAUAAUAGCGCUGACUCUUCACAAAAUCAUCAGAAUUCACGCAACUCCCGCUUCUUUCUCUCUUUCAGCAUCGAAGAAAGUUGAUUUCUUGGAAGUGGGGUUUAUGUAUAGAUUCAUGUACAGUAAUAUAUAGAGAGAAAGAGGGUAAUAAUGGAAGAUCAAGGUGAUAUAGAGAAUGAAGGAGGAGGAGGAGGAAUUGGGGUGAUGAUAAUGGAAAAUGGCAAAGAUUUGGAGAGGAAUAUUUCAGCGGUUUCUGAGAGCGGUGUUAGACAGCCAUUGCUUAGUUCUAAAAGCAGAGUCAAUAAUACCUCACAAAUUGCUAUUAUAGGAGCCAAUGUUUGCCCCAUUGAAAGUCUUGAUUAUGAGAUUAUUGAAAAUGACCUUUUCAAGCAAGAUUGGAGAUCUAGGAAAAAGGUUCAGAUAUUUCAAUAUAUAUUCCUAAAGUGGACACUUGUGCUUCUUAUUGGAUUGAGUGUAGGGCUUGUUGGUUUCUUCUUAAACAUAGCAGUGGAAAAUAUUGCUGGCUUCAAGCUUCUGCUCAUUAGUGACUUAAUGCUUCAGGACAAGUAUUUCCGUGGAUUUGCUGCUUAUGCGUGUUGCAAUUUGGUUCUUGCGACUUGUGCUGGAAUCCUAUGUGCAUUUAUUGCACCAGCAGCUGNUGUUUCCAUAUUUGAGCACCUUGGUGAUAGGUCAUUCCUGGAAACACAAAUUCUUAAACAUCCGCAGAUAUUUGGUUCUGCUUUGGGUGUUUCUGCUGGAUUCGUUGUUGGGAAGGAAGGACCCAUGGUCCAUACUGGCGCUUGCAUAGCAAACUUACUUGGACAGGGCGGCUCCCGCAAGUAUCAUCUGACUUGGAAGUGGCUGAAGUAUUUCAAAAAUGACCGUGACCGUAGAGAUUUGAUUACUUGUGGUGCUGCAGCUGGUGUUGCAGCUGCUUUCCGAGCCCCAGUCGGCGGUGUUCUUUUUGCUCUUGAAGAAGUAGCCUCAUGGUGGCGAAGUGCUCUUCUUUGGAGGACCUUCUUCUCGACUGCUGUAGUAGCUAUGGUGCUCAGAUCUUUCAUUGUAUUCUGUCGGAGCGGGAAAUGUGGACUAUUUGGUCAAGGAGGUUUGAUAAUGUUUGAUGUGAAUUCAGGAGCACCUAAUUAUAACACUAUAGAUGUACUGGCAGUGUUGUUAAUUGGAGUUCUUGGAGGCCUUCUUGGAAGCCUUUAUAAUUAUCUUGUGGACAAGGUCCUCCGGACUUACAGCAUCAUUAAUGAGAGGGGUCCUGCUUUCAAAGUCUUGCUCGUAAUGACCAUUUCAAUCCUGAGUUCUCUUUGCUCGUAUUGUCUACCGUGGUUUGCAACUUGCACACCAUGUCCUGUAGGCUUGGAGGACAAGUGCCCUACUAUAGGUCGCUCUGGAAACUAUAAGAAUUUCCAAUGUCCAGCUGGGCAUUACAAUGAUCUAGCCUCCCUGUUUAUGAAUACCAAUGACGACGCCAUCCGCAAUUUGUUUAGCUCAGAUAAUUCCAGCGAAUUCCACCUCUCUUCACUUUUUGUCUUCUUUGCUGGGGUAUAUUGCCUUGGCGUCGUUACCUAUGGAAUUGCUAUUCCCUCUGGGCUGUUCAUUCCCGUCAUACUUGCUGGUGCUUCCUAUGGACGUUUUGUUGGGACUGUCUUGGGUUCGAUAUCCAAUCUUAAUAACGGUCUCUUUGCUCUCCUUGGUGCUGCCUCCUUCCUCGGGGGUACUAUGAGGAUGACUGUAUCCAUCUGUGUCAUACUACUUGAGCUCACCGAUGACCUGCUAAUGCUUCCAUUGGUGAUGCUUGUGCUCCUUGUUUCAAAGACUGUGGCCGACUGUUUUAACAAGGGUGUCUACGACCAGAUUGUGAAAAUGAAAGGCUUGCCUUAUUUGGAAGCACAUGCCGAACCAUACAUGAGGCAAUUAGUUGCAGGAGAUGUUUGUUCAGGGCCUUUAAUUACAUUCUCAGGUGUUGAGAAGGUAGGGAACAUAAUACAUGCUUUGAAGUUUACUAGACACAACGGAUUUCCCGUGAUUGAUGCACCGCCAUUCUCAGACGCACCAGAGUUCUGUGGACUUGCUCUAAGGUCGCACCUACUUGUUUUGCUCAAAGGAAAGAAAUUCACGAAACUAAGUGUAUUGAGCGGCUCCAGUAUUUUGAGGAGUUUUCAUGCGUUUGAUUUCGCUAAGCCAGGAUCAGGGAAGGGGCCUAAGCUCGAGGAUUUGUCCUUCACUGAUGAGGAGAUGGAAAUGUAUGUAGAUCUCCAUCCUGUCACAAAUACAUCUCCAUACACAGUAGUGGAAACCAUGUCUCUGGCCAAAGCUGCAAUCCUUUUUCGACAACUUGGUCUUAGACACUUGUGUGUUGUACCAAAAAAGACUACCGGGAGGGAUCCAAUCGUUGGAAUUUUGACAAGGCAUGACUUUAUGCCAGAGCAUAUAAAGGGACUGUACCCACAUUUGGUCCAUCACAAGUAGCAGAGAGAAACUAGCUCUUCCAACAGGCAAUCGGGCAACCAUUAUUUGGGGAGUGUUAUACACACAUUCCACAUUGAGCUCUGUACACAAUCUUCCCAAAUUUUCUCAUUGACAAAAUUGAAUUUAGUAGUCUCAAUUAGAGCAAAAAUUCUCCCUUACUUUGAAUUAUUGAACUUUCUUGUUUUUGGUGGUUUAACAAAUAGUAUUGCAUAGAUGAUCUCAAUAACACAUCAAGUAAUACAGUGGUCGGUCUCUGAUAAUACAACCAAUGCCCCAAGAAGAUGGACACGGACAUUUUUGGAAAUUAAGUACGUUAUAAACUCUCGUGAUUUAAGACAAGAUAGCUCUAAAGGAAGAGUCUUCAAGCCGUCACUAGUCGAGGUGUCAACAACCGAUGAUGUCGAGCACCGUUGACAAAACUGUAACGGCUAGUUUUCAAAAUAUGAUAUUAAAGGGAAUAUUCUAGUGGAUAUUCUCUUAGAGUACUAUUAGGGUUUUGUUAAGAAAAUGUUUGAUAGAAAUAGAAAAGGAGAGAAUGGUGGAAGGGGGAUAUUCAUUUUGUAAGAACACACUUUGACAAAAGAUUCUCUCACUACAAUACAAACAAUACCUUUUUCACCAA